ACUACGCCGUCAAGAAAAUCUCUACCUCGACAGAAGUUCUUCCUUAUGUCCUAACAACAAAAUGCUUUACUUGGUGGUGAAGAGAAGGCGAUCAAGUUAAAGGACAAACAAUAACCAGGCUGAUGAUGUUGCUGCUGGACUCGGUGUGGCUGCUGUUGGCCUUCUCUCUGGUGUUUCCCCCUGUGUCUGUCGGAGCCUGUUCAACUCAGGAGUUUAGCUGCUCUCAGGAGUUAUGUGUGCCUGAGGACUGCGUGUGUGACUUCACCGACAACUGUGGAGAUGGCAGCGACGAGGAAGACUGCUCCAGAUAUAAGAGGUGUGACUUUGAGGAGGGAUUCUGUGACCUGAUCCAGAGCUCAGAGUCGCUCUCUAAUUGGACCAGAACGACUGAGAUCCCGGGACUUAAACAUGAUCACGCCAACAACACAUCAGCACAUUUCCUGUCGCUUUUACCAGUCAGAGGAAACAUAACCACAGCAGAACUGACCAGUCCUGUCUUCCUGCCCAGUCAGACGUGCCAGAUGAGCUUCUACCAUUAUGUCGGGGCAAAGCAUGGUGGUCUUCAGGUCUGGGUUCAGUCUCAUACUCAGAGUGCAGAGGUGUGGGGAAACUCCACACAACCACAGAUGGAAAUGUGGCUGCGGACGGUGAUUAAGUUUUCCAGCAAUGACAGUUUUCAGGUGCUGAUUCGAGGGCAACUUUCAGCUGACAGCGAAGCCUCCGAGGUCCUGGCCAUCGAUGACCUAUCCUUCAGCCCCGGCUGCGUGACUGUGCCUGCGAGCAGUGUGCCCCCUCCUCCUGUUUGCCCUCCCUCGAGGUUUGCCUGCGACACUGGGGAGUGUAUCGAGGAGAGCAAAGUGUGUGACUUCACCCCACAUUGUCCCCAUGGGGAGGACGAAGCCAACUGCCCCUCUGAGUGCAACUUUGAGGGCGGUUCUUGUGGCUGGUACGAGCUCACCCUUGGCGAUGGCUUCGACUGGGUCAGGGGCUCUUCUGUGGAGGUACCUCCACACUAUUAUGGCCACCCACCACCUCUGGAUCACUCCACAAACAGCACAGAGGGCCACUUUAUGUUUAUACUGAAGAACAGUAGCAGUCUUUUCCCGAGGGCUGUUCUCAGAGGACCCUGGUUCAGACAAUCGGCCUCCGGGUGCACAAUGACCUUUUGGCAUUAUAACUCAGGCAUAUCUGUGGGAGCUGCAGACAUGUACCUUCGAAUCAAAGGAGUCCAAAACAACACUGUCAUAUGGAGGACAUUGUACGACCAGGGCACCCGCUGGAACCAGGUCACCGUACAGCUGGGACGCAUCACCCAGCCCUUCCAGAUUGCUCUGGCUAAGAUCAGCCUCGGUGUGUUUGAUGGCGUCUCCGCCUUGGAUGAUGUCACCUUCAAGAACUGCUCGAUGCCCCCGGCAGUGGUGGAGUGUCCCGCGCACACACAUUUCCACUGUGCGAGUACCAAAGCGUGUGUGGAGCACCUGCAGCUCUGUGACCUUGUGGAUGACUGUGGGGAUGGAUCCGACGAGGAGGGAUGUUCUCCAGAGUUCCAGUGUAACUUUGAGCGUGGGCUGUGCAGCUGGAAGCAAGAACAGAGUGGAGGAGAUGUGUUUGACUGGACCCGCAUCCAAGGCCCGACUCCGACCUUUAACACAGGGCCCUGGAAGGACCACACACUGGGCACCAGCUACGGGCACUACCUCUACAUCGAGUCCUCCUUUCCUCAGGAGUUCAAGGACACAGCUGUGUUGCUGAGCAGAGUCUUCCAACCCACCCACCAGCGUGGCAAAGACCCGUCCAGGUCCCACCACCACUGUGUGUUCCGCUUCCAUUACCACAUGUUCGGCUCGCACGUCUUCUGCCUGGCAGUGUACAUCAGGACUACCUCUACAGGCCGUGGGCACAUGCUAUGGGUACGAUAUGGAGACCAAGGAAACCUCUGGCACAGGAAGACUCUCUACCUCAACAGCGCUCGGCCUUUCCAGAUUUUAAUUGAAGGUACAGUUGGAGAUGAUUUUAACGGAGACAUUGCGAUUGAUGACCUUUCCUUCCUGAACUGCAACCCAUAUGAGGGAGAGCUCCCCACAGCGAAUAACACAACCCCUGUGGUGACCCCUCCAGCUCCCACAGUUCAGCCCCACAGUUGCCCUGAUGGAGAGUUUGUUUGUGGGGCACAUGGGGAGUGUGUUGCCAACAGCAAAGUGUGUGACUUCAGACAGGACUGUUCUGAUGGCUCAGAUGAACUGCACUGUGUGAAGGAACGGUGCCAUUUUGAAGGCAGUGAUACUUGUGGUUGGAAGAGCGUCGACUCCUCUUUGGUCCCAAUCCACACAUUUCGUUGGAUCGCCGACCAAGGGGAGAGUAUUCAUAACGGAGAGCAGUAUCACCGUCCUAUAAACGACCACACCCUAGGCAGUCCUGAGGGUUGGUAUAUGUGUGCAGACAGUUCAAAUGGCGGCUAUGGACAAACCACUGACCUCAAGACACCUGUCAUCUCCUCCACUGGGCCACAGUGCACCCUGGACUUCUGGUACUACAUGAGCGGCUUCACAGUGGGAUCACUGCAAGUGCUGUUGAAGUAUGGAAACGUCUCUCAUGAGGUUUGGUCUCAGACUGGUAACCAAGGCAACAAAUGGAGACGAGGAGAAGUGUUUUUGGGGUUAUCAAACAACUUCCAGGUGGUGUUCAGGGCGAAGCGAGGGAUCAGCUACAUGGGUGAUGUGGUGAUAGAUGAUGUCAGCUUCCUGCACUGCUCCCCUCCUCUUCCGUCAGACCAGUCGUGUACACCUGAGCAGUACGCCUGCGCUAAUGGCCACUGCAUCCCACAGGACAACCUGUGUGACUUCAUCAACCACUGCGGGGACAACUCUGAUGAGGACCACUACAUCUGCAACGGCUUUAGCGGACGCUGCAGUUUUGAGUUCGACCUCUGUUCCUGGCGCCAGAGCCGAGAGGAUAACUUUGAUUGGCUGAUCAAAGCGGGCAGCACUCCGACAGUUGGCACCGGGCCAUCGACGGACCAUACCCUGAGAGACCCCUCUGGGCACUAUCUCUACCUGGAGAGCACCUUCCCCCAGGCAGCUGGAGACACCGCCUGCAUAUCAGGACCCUUACUAAGCCGCAGGAGCUCACAGUGCAAGAUGCGUUUCUAUCUCCACAUGUCUGGAGACGGCAUCGGGACCCUCAGUGUGUUCGGGAAAAGCGAAGGACGUCUUCAUCUCCUUCUGAACCUGACUGGAGAUCAGGGCAACUACUGGCAGAUGAAAGAAAUCCCACUGAGCUUCACCGGGGACUUUCAGGUCAUGUUUAAGGGCAAGGUGGGCCGAAGUCCAAAGGGUGACAUCUGCCUGGAUGACAUCACUUUCUCUCCAGGAUGUCUGCUCGCCUCCUCAGCUGCAGUAGAGGACAACACUCCUCCGCCUCCUGCAGGCUCCUGUCCUUCAGGCUUCCUGCCUUGUGAAAAUGGCCAGUGUUUCACUCCGGGGCAGAGCUGUGACUUCACAGAUGACUGUGGCGAUGGCACUGAUGAAAAGGAUUGCGGGACUUCCUGCACCUUUGAGAACGGUCGCUGUGGCUGGAAGAGCUCCCUGGCCGAUAACUUAGACUGGACACUAGGGGUUGGAUCUAUCAAAAGCAUACGGCCUCCAUACGAUCACACGUUGAUGGAUGAAACUGGUCAUUUUGUCUUUUUGGAAGCUACACCGGUGGGACUCAGAGGUGAUAAAGCUCAUCUCAGGAGCUCUGUUUGGAAAGAGUCGAGCGCCAUCUGCAAGCUCUCCUUCUGGUACUACAUUUCCCACAAGGCCUCAGGAACAAUCCGCCUGCUGAUCAAGACAGAGAACGAUCUGUGGGAGGUGUGGAACAAAACGGGGCACCAAGGGAAUAAAUGGAACCAAGCAGAGAUCCCUCUGAGGAAGCUGAGGAACUUUGAGGUGAUAUUUGAGGGGAUUCGCUCGAGGGACGUGAGUGGAGGAGCUGCUCUGGAUGACCUGGAGUUCAUAGACUGCGCUCCAAAUGUUGUGGAGCCACUCAGUUGUCCUGCAGUCACAGACUUUGUGUGUCGCAGUGGCCACUGCAUUGAGUCCCACCUGAUGUGCGACAACAAGGCCGACUGUGCUGAUGAAUCAGAUGAGAUAGACUGUGAACCCAUGGAGCACUUUCCAGGAGCUUGCAAUUUCAACUUGGAUGAAAGCCAGUGGGAAGAGACGUGCAAGCUUUCUCAGGACACUGAUGAUGACUUUGAUUGGAGGAUUGGUCAUCGGAGGGAGACACCAGGAACUGGACCUCACACUGACCACAGUGUUGGUGGUGGAGGGAACUUUCUCUUCAUACACUCAGCCACUCAGAGGGAGGGUGACGUUGCCAGGGUAACAACCAGGAGUCCAUUUCCAGCCAGCAUCGGCCAGUGUCACCUCCGCUUCUGGUUCUACAUGUAUGGCUCUGACAGGAUGGGAACGCUGAAGGUCUACACUGUUGGACCCACUGGCACCAGUCUGCUGAUGUGGGCAGCCACUGGAAACCACGGUAACCAGUGGACAUAUGCUAAUGUCAUCCUGUCUAACCCAGCACCUUUCAGAGUGACCUUCCAGGCAGAGGUGGGCGGAGACAUGUGGACAGACAUUGCCUUGGAUGACAUUUCCUACACUGCGAAAUGUUUGAUAGAAGGACCAGUAACUCCCCAGCCUCUGACCUGCGCCGUGGACCAGUACCAGUGUACGUACUCCUUCCAGUGUAUCCCAGAGAGUUGGAGAUGUGAUGGAGAGCUGGACUGUGCCGACCAGUCUGAUGAAGAGUUUUGUCCCACUGUGGUACCCGGUACUGUUCCUCCUCAGGAUCGCUGUCCUAUUGGACAUUACCAGUGUUUGAAUGAUCUCUGCCUGCCCUCCAUAUUGCGCUGUGACGGCGUCCCAGACUGCCCCGAUGGGGAAGAUGAGUACAGCUGCCCUCUGCUGCAGUGCGAGUUGGGAGAACUGGUGUGUGAAGGUUCACCUGGUUGUAUCCCACUUCAGAAGCGCUGUGACCAGUCUGACGACUGUCUGCCAUUUCACUCGGAUGAGUCCAGCUGCCAUGAUUGCCCUCGGCUGUACUGCCUGGAUCACGGCUCAUGCCAUGUGGAGAGACACGGGCCUGUUUGCAUCUGUUAUCCAGGAUGGACAGGCAACCGUUGCCAUGUGAAGGAGAAACCAUCUCUCUCAACCUCGUCACCCAAACCAGAGGACACACAGCUGGAUGCUGUGUAUGUUGGCAUCACCAUCGGCCUGCUGCUGCUUGUACUCGGAGUUGCUGUCUGCUUUCUGGCAUUAUUCAAGGAAAGAUGCUGUUUAAUAAAGACCAACCUGAUGGACUACGGGGUGAUGGAUAACCCAGGCUUUGACGGGAGAGCAGAGCACCCGUCCCUCCACGAAAGGCCAGGCGGUUGUCCCAGACUUAACGCCAAGACGAGUGAUGGUCGGGGGCUUUCCAUCAGUGUCUACCCCUGGAGGAAGGAGGCGGAGCAGGGUUCAGCCUGGAAAGAUGCCAAGCUGUCCUUCGCCAACCCGCUGUACAAUUACCCCCCUGAUGCUUAUAGUGCUGACUGCAAAAGCUCUGAGGCAUAAAAACAAUGGACCUUACAUAUCGACACUGGAGUGCAUGUGGGUCAAACAGUGUGUGCACAUACUUGAUCAGUUUGUCUUGACCUGCCGAGGAGCCAAGUUUAAACAACGUGAAGAGGAAGAAAGUUUAGAUACAUUGCAAGGAAGUAUUUGAAUGUCAGUUCUGAUACACUGCUGUUGCUUUUUGAUUGACAACUAAAUAAUUAAUUCAUCAAAUUAAUGAUGUGAUACCCCCCCGCAACCCAUCUGGCACUAAAAGGGAAGCACACUAAUCCAUGACUAAAACAAAUUUUCUCCAUAUAAAUACCAUUAAAUGUAGUUUAAAAAGUAAAGAGGUGAACAGUUUCUGCAGGAGUUCUGCUCUAUGCAACACUACGAUUUUAUAAGUUAAGAUAAAGUCAAUUAAUGAUCAAUCAGAUGAACUUGGAUCACUAUAAAUUACAAUCAAUAAAUCUGCAUUUCUUCUCUUGUUUCAGCUUCAAAAAAAUGUGAUAAAAGAUUUAAAAAACACUGUUUUAGGGAGGAAAACCUUUAUAAUUCACAUUUUUGGGAAAUACGCCUAUUUGUUUUCUUAGUUUAGCAUAAAGACCGGAGGAAAGGGGAAACAGCUCCCACUAGCACCUCUAAAACUCACUAAAUAAAACUGUUUUGAUUAAUCUGUACAAAACCCAAAGUGUAAAAGCAACAAGUUACUGUUUUACAGGCUGUUAUAUGACGUGUGUAUAUGACGAAAAGAGUAUUUCUUGGCCAGGAGCAGUAACUUCCUGAAGAUGUUUCCAAUGUUUCCUUUAUGCUAAGCUAAGCUAAUCAGCAGCUUCAUAUUUAACAGGGACACAUGAGAGUGCUAUCGAGCAUAUAUCCCAACAUUUUAGACUAUUCGUUUAAAUAGUCGAAGAUAUUGGGGGAGACAAUAAAAUAAAUUGUCCAUUUUUACAUAGAAAAAAGGUUAAAUCUUAAAAUCCAGCAGUACAUGCGUCACAAUGGGCAUUAGAACAGUACUUUAACUUGCAGAAAUGGUUGUGGGUGCCCUGUGCAUGGUGAUUAAAGGUUUUCUUUAGUGCUGGCAAAAGCAGAAAACAUCCAGUUCAUCGAACUGAAACACACAGAGCCUCCGAAUGGAGUCCUGACUUCAUUAGUGAUGCUUUCUAAUCCCCACAAGUGCAAAUAAAAUAGUUUGCCCCUGUUUUAUUUGCAAAUUAAAAUCCAUUACAAGUCAGAGUCCUGCAACUGCUCUGUGUGUGUGUGUGUGUGUGUGUGUGUGUGUGUGUGUGUGUGUGGCGUGAACUGACUCUCUUGUAAUAACCAGCAUGGAGCAGAUGGGAUCAUAAACAGCACAGUUAAACCAGUCUGUUAUAAAUUUCACGAGUGUUCAAUCAUGGCUCCUCUCAGCUGACAUGCCAGCAUAAAUGUCCUCCUCGUAUUUGACAGUCAACACGAUGAUUUAAAAGAUCAGGCCUUGUUCUGAAUAGAGAGCAGCCUCCUUCUUAGCAUCAUACUGAUAAUAUUUCUCUUUAAAAAAUAUGGUUAUUUCCUUACUUGCCAAGAGUAAUGUGAGAAUAUUGAUGCCACUCACUUAUCUGUCUGUCAAAUAUGAAGCUAUAUAUCUAGCUUCCGGUUAGAUUAGCAUAAAACCUGGAAAAUGGCUGCCUUUAUCGGCACCCCUAAAGCUCUAACUUUACAUUUAGAAACAAGAGUGGUAUUGAUCGUCUCUGUAAAUGUCUUAAGUAUUUCUUUAUAAUCAUGUUAGGCAAUACAAUUAUAUCUAGUCUUCUGUCGUUGCAGCGGACUGGAUCUGUGCAGUGUCAGACUUAAACUGAAUCGAUAGAGGAGGAAAGAAGAGGUCACACUGUUGACUGUUUGUCAGUGUAUUAACACAGAUAUCUUAGACUACAUGUACUGAAUUUGGAUGAAACCAAUAAAAACAUAAUGUGAUUAGCAUUUUAUUUUAUCCCCUAGAUUAAUACUGACCCAUAAUUCAAUUUUGACAUGUCAUGGGAGUAAAAGCAAAGGUGUAAAUAUAAGAUUAAUGAUGAGUCCUGAUAUUGUGACUGAAGGCUUACUGGGACACUUGAGUGGAGCCUUUAUUAAUGGUAUUAGUAAAACCUGUGUUUAGCCUACUGUGAUUAAUUAAAUAUUAAUCUUAUUAGAUACAGAUGGCCUGUUUUUUUUAUGGUACUUCUGGCUUUUUCAGUGAGUUGGGGCAAUGAUAAACCGAUGCAGUCUCCAUCCCAUUUAUUAUAAAUGUCAGGUAAAGUUGUUUCUGAGAGUCUGCACUUCGUCAAAAACACAUCAAAACACUCCCAUUCCUUCAUAUUGGUCCAAGUUCAAGUUAUGAAUCCUUAAUUUUUAGGCUGUGGAUGAAUGCAAUCUCCAGUGUCAUUACUGUUUAUUGUCGUUCUCCAUCACUCGAGAGUCUCUGCUGAGUCUGUCGGUGGAUUCUGGGGCAGAGAUUUAUCAGAGGGCCACUGGAUCAAUUUCAGCCUUUGAGCUGCUCCAACUGUUUUAUUUUUUGUGCCCUCGCCUUACAUUGGCUUUUUCCUCUGACAUUCUGCCCUCCAAGCUAAAACGAAACUACAUAUGGGGACAGCUCAUUGAAAAAAUGUCCCAUUGGACCGCCGAAGACAAAAGCCCAUUGCUCUUAAGGUCCAUUUUUUUCUAAAUAUCUGAUCAGAAUCUGAUUUUGACCUUUUAUUAUAAAAGUAUUAUGACAUAGAAAUGUAAAUUCCAUGAAAACAGAACGUAAAAUUGUGAAAAAACAACUAGUAAAACUAACAUUAAAGCAGGAGGUAUAGCUACAAGAGUAACAACAUUAAAAUAUCAAUUUUAAUGUUGCUAAGCUACUUUAAAUCACAUAUUUUAUGUACUGAAUUAUAAUACAUUAAUUUUAAUAUAGUGUAAAUAUUAUCAGUAGACAAAAAGACAGAAAAAAGGAUGUAGAUAAGUGUCAGAGAGAGAUCGAAGGGGAAGCUAGCUGGACAUAGCUAUCCGGAGCUAAAGCUAAAGCUACAUUUUCUUAACUGAACUAUAAUCUGUACUAAUUUUAAUGAACCAACAUUUUAAUAAAAUCAGUGUGUUAUUUUACACAAUGAUUGAGUACAUCACUAACUGCCCACUCAGCCUUUAAGUCUACAAUGGAGAUAAAUGUAUUAUUGAGUUCAAUAUACUGUACAUAUUAUUGGUAGACAGACAUUUAAUCCCUAUUGACUCUAACUAUUGACUGUAAAUGAUCAAA